UUGUGCUCAAUUGUGUGUUUGUGUGUUGCAGGUACCGAGCGUGUUGACAAAAUGAGCCGUCAGCUAGAAAAGUCCAUCGAAGGCCUCAUCACCAUUUUCCACUCGUACUCGUCCAAAGAAGGCGACAAGCACAAGCUGAGCAAAGCCGAGCUCAAGACGCUCCUGCAGGAGGAGCUCACAGACUUCAUGGCUGGCUGCAGCGACGCCGCCGCCGUUGACAAGAUCAUGACGGAUCUGGACGAGAACGGCGACCAGCAACUCGACUUUCAGGAGUUUGUAGUUCUGGUGGCGGCGCUCACCGUGGCCUGUAAUGAAUUCUUUGAAGGCUCCUGCAAGAACUAAACGAAAAGAAGAAAAUGUGAAGUUGUUUGUUUUCUGCAUCAUAAUAAAGUUGUUAAAACUGUC